AUGGCGGACGGUAUCGCCAUUCCGGUGCAAGUGAAGAUUCACGUUCAAGAAAUGGUUAAAACUGAGUUUGAGAUUCAAAACAUUAUACAAGACAUACGGAAAUGUUAUGGACCAUUAAGUUUACUUAAUGAUAUCAACUUGAAGGUGAAACAAAAGCUGAAUUCUCUGAGACAAAAAGUUGAGGUACGUAGAAGUUCUGGGAAGUUUCUUCAGAACCUUAAGCUUGUUAGCUAGUAUAAAUUAGUAAAAUCGUUACCUGGGAUGAUGAAGAUUACAGGAUUAAUAUGUAUUAACAAUCAAUAUGAGUAUUUAUUUGUAAAAUUGUAAGUUACCUAUAUAAAUCUUGACUGUUGCUUCUUCAUUCAUACAAAGAUUGGAUGAAUCCGCUGAGAUCCAGGUUGCCUGCCUGCCGCUUUGAGGCAGUUUAUUUUAGUCUGUGAUCCGGAUAGCUUUGGUAAUAGGAUUAACUGGAGUCCACUUGACCUAUAAUUGUACGAGUUAUUAACAAAAUCGAGUUUGAUUAUUGACAAAAUUGGACAAUAUGAAGUUCUCUAUAUAUAAAAAAAAAAGAAAAAGAAGAAGCGUAAAUAUUUCAAAUUUUGCUAUAGUUAUCAUUAAUUGGUAGCUAUGUAAAACUUUCACCACUGUUAUUCAUAAUCGGAUGAAUGACUGAGGUGACAGUUCUCUACAACUGCCAAUUAAAAACUAUAGAAAAAUUUGCAAUAUUUUAACCUUUUUUUAAUUAAACACAUGAUCUUUGAAAGUUUUUGCGAGCAGUGAAAAAAAAAAAACUUUCAAGAUGCACACUGUCCUAUACACUGUCCUAUUUAUAACAGGGAGCUUAAGCAACAACAAUGGUGACGGCUACGAAAACAUCACUUAAAAAGUGAAGUCGCGCUGCUUCAAACUUUAUCGCGCUUAUUCCACCUCAUUCAAUGCGUCAAAUGUUGGCUGCUUUUUCUAGAGCUGAAUUCUAAAAGACUGUUUUAAAGUUCAGUGAAAAGAAAAAGAAAGUCAUUGUCUUGUGUUCACGUCCUCCACAAAACGUGAAAUUAGGUAUUUUCACGUUGUUGUCGUGCAGUGAGAGCACGUGCAGAGUCAUUGUUUUGCCAAUCCAAACCCACUGCUUUUUUACCGUUCUCGUUGACGUUGCCGUCGUCAUUGCUUAAGCUCCCUAAUGCUGAAAUCAGGACAGCUGGUAGCCAAUCAGAUUAGAGAAUUUUGUUAUAGUUAUGAUUAAUAAUGGUAAUAGGACUGAGUGGAGUCCUAUUCGGUAGGAAAUCAUACAAGUGAUUAACAAACUCAAUGGUGCGAUUUAAAAAAGAAAUGACAUGAUUUAGAGCGCGAAUGACGGGAUUUAGAACAGCUGUAAUUUACAGUAAAAAAUAGUGUGAUUCAUUAAUAAAUCACACCGCUGAGGGCCAAUCAGAUUACAGGGAUCACCACUGAUUUCAAAAUGGAUAUAAUAAAUGCUGAAAUCAGGACCCUUGAUAGCUAACCAUUUUUGUUAUAGUUAUGAUUAAAAUAUUACCCAUGGCUGUGGUCUUAAAUAUGGUAUAGGGAAACUGAUCAGCAGCAUGAAGAAUAAAAGUUUGCAGUCACCCUGAUUAGGGAUUUUUGAUGCCUUUUCUAGACUGCAUUUACAAAAUACAGCUGAAUCUGAUAUAGGCUAAGAACUCCAAAAUCCCUGCCAAUGGUCCAACCUACCAAACAAUUCUCCAAGUAUCCAACUAAAUGAUAAGGUUCCAGGGACUAAGUUAUUUUCUUAUUAUUUUCUUGUUUAAUGGAUAGGACCCUUUGUAUUCAAUAUUGUUUCUUAAAGUGACACAGGGUUCUUAAUAAGAUUUGAAGUAGGCGUCUGCUCAACCUUAAGUAGGCGGCUGUGACAAACGGAUGGACUGUAAACUAUGGAGGGAAAACCAGCAAAUAGAAUGCAAAUUAAGCGGCUUGCACUUGCAAAGUACCGAUAGGUGGCAAUCAAUCGCCAGGUGCCAGCUUCUAUUGAGGACCCUGUGACAACUUUCAGGUUUCUUGGAGGUAGACUUCACCUGAGAUUUUUCUGAUGAACUUUUUUUUUUUUGGCUCUCUUUACCCGGAGUAGUCGAUCGAUAAAAAUGGGUAUCCAUCAAGUGAUUUUUAUCAAUUGAUAUUGGAAAUCAGUCAAACUUGACAAACUAAAUUGCUGUGUUAAAUCAAUAUUAUUGACUUUUCAUGAUUUUAACGAUUAUAAUGGAAGUCCGCCAUUGUUUUUUUUUGGCAUUAGUCAGAUAGUACAGCUGAGAAAACACAUCCACGGAGAUCGACUUUCAUGUUUGCUGAGAAAUAACUACUCAGCAAACAUGGAAAAGAGAAAUGUGGAAACUAUUACGAACACAAGUUUCUCUCUGAGAAAAGUAUCAUGAGCACAAAAAGCCAAAGACAAAAUAUUGUAUUAAUUUCUUUUAGUGUUUAGAGCAAGUGGCCUUUGAGCAAGAUAAAGAAUCUGACCGCCUGGCAAUUCUAGCAGUGAUGCAACAUCAUAGAAAGGAGUUGUCAAAGUAUAUUGAAUUCUUUUUUCUACAUUGAUAUUAGCAAAUUUCAUUUACCAGCAUUCGUAGUAUACCAAGAGAACUAGGAAUGACUCUACUGAGUGCAUAUAAUUAUAUACAUGUAUGUUACAUGUCAAAAUUAAAUUCAGGUUAAAAUUUUUCAACCAAGGUUGAUUCUCAAUUUUCUUUGUCUUCUAGCCCUAAUUCAUGAAUAAUAAUAUUAUUAGGGCUUAGGAGACAAAGGAAGCAGAGAAUCAACCUUGGUUAAAAAAUAUCAGUUAACCGUAAUUUGAUUUUAAUGAUUUGUAGUAACCAGAGCAGUGAUACUGUACUAUUGUUCUUGUUUUUACUUACUUACUCAUUUAUUUAUUUUAAUUUGUCUUUUUUUCAUAAUUCUUUCCAGUCUACAAACAUCAAUCAGGAAAGCCAAUCUGGAUUCAAAGGCCAUUAUUGACAAAAGUGAAAAGGAAGAGUUGCUGGGUCGACAGUCUAGCUCCAAUAUGAGACAAAGGUUGGUUAAGAAAAAAGGGGAUUUCUAAUAUAAUUGGCAAUUAUUGAUGAUGCCAAUGGCUAUAAAUAGCUAUUAGGCCAUCCCCCCUUUUUUUGUGUAGCAUCGAAUGCAUUUCCUGAUAUUGGGUCGGUUGGUUGGAUUGAAAAAAAAAAUCACAAGAAGUCUGGGAAUAGGAGGCCCGGUACCCUGGGACGAUUAAAAGUUAACAUUCACAUAAUUGGAUUAACAAAAUGUACCAUUUACAGUAAAAAAUAUUCCUGUUUUUCUCUAUGUUGUUACUAUGAUCAUUUUUCAGACAGAUAAAAAGAAUUAUUCCAAGUGAAAAAUGGUUUAAGUACGUCAUUACUUUUUUUUUUUGAAAGUGUUAAAAAUUUGGGUCGGUCGGACAAUGCUAAACAGAGAAAAAAAAGAGGAUAGCCUUAUUCCAAAAAAAUUUAUAAAAAUAAUUAAUAUCUUGUUGUCAGCACUGCUUGUUCACAACAGCAUGGGAAUUCAAUUCCUACCUAAGACCCCCAUGUAAGGCCGAAAGGGCUUUUAUUAUGCAUUUAAGCUAUAGAUGAAUAGCUGAUCCUGGAAAAUAUCUGUUCACACUGUUGUAACCCCAGGUACUCUGGAGUUAAUAUGGAGAGGCAGGAGUGAUCAAAGGAAUUUUGAGGGGUUUAAAAUUUUCCAUUCUGGGAUUCUUUUGGUUAGGAAAAUUUAGUGAAAAUUUGGUGCCUUGGUUUAUACAGUUUUUUGGGUGGGGGGGUGGUGGGGUAUAUUCAAAACAGUCUGAAGAUUAGUGUAGCAGUACUGCUUGUGGUAAUGGUAUCUGUUACUUUUAAUUUAGAAAUUUUAACAAGGAGAACUUAGCCAAGACUGCAAGCAAUAUAACACAAGAUUUACGGAGCAUUGCAAGAAUGAUGGAGAGUCAAGUCAAGCAGAGUGAAGCAGAUAUGCAGACAUUAGGUAAGAUACAACACAAGUCAUUCUCCUUUGGUAAAUGUUGGGCCCAGUUGUUUUAUAGCUACACAGGCUAAUCUUAAACAAGUGUAAGUUAACUGAUAGUUGAGAAUGCACCUUGAAGAAUUGUGAAACAGACAGCCAAAUAACUGUUGGUGUGAACAACACCUACAAGGAACACCAGUCUUUCCUUUACAGUUAAUGGCACAUUUGCAUGGCAAGGAUUCUGCAUGAUUUUGAAACAAAGUGUCUUGUAGACUUUGGAGUUUUAGUGAGCAUUUAACGAGUGUUAACAUUGUUUCUUGAGCAAGACCAGGCUUUUUGUAUUGGCGGUUACGUACAGUCAACUCCUGGUAACUCAAACCUUCAAGGGAAAUCGAAAAAAAUUCUAGUUUAUUGAGAGUUCAAGUUAUCAGGAGUUUGAGGAAAAUGACUGAAAAUAAACAAAUGGGAUAGGAAAGGAAUACAAGUAUCAUGCACAAAUCACUUCAUUAAAGAGAGCAAGAGCAGGGUCGGAUCUAGGGGGAGGGUGCAGGGGGUGUGCACCCCCCCCUGAGAUGACCUGCGGUUUUCUAAUACAACUGGUAUUCUGCCAAAAAAAAAACUAGAGCAAGAGACGAGUGCACCCCCUCCUAAAAAAAAUCCUGGAUCCGCCCCUGAAGAGAUAUUUUUGAUAUUUUGAAAAAGGAGUUAAAUUAACAACAAAAAUCCAGGGGAAAAUGAUGUUGGCUCAAAUUAGCGUGAUGUUCAAGUUAGCGAGGGUUCGAGUUCUAUUGGGAGUCAACUGCACAUUCCUAGAUAGAAAAAUUUUUAUCUAACAUUUUCCUUAUUCCUGAGUAAAAGUUUUAACUUUUAAAACCUUCUUUGAGGAGUCAGGCUUGGAAGUGGAGUAACAUUUUUUGUUAUGUCUGAUUUCUAGCUUCCUCAUCUGCGCAGAUAAAAGAUACACAAGAUGAAUACAAGGGAUUAUCAGGUAUAAUUCAGACCAGCAAAAACCUGCUGAACAAAUACAACAGAAGAGAAAUCACAGAUCGCUUACUUAUUUUCUUUGGACUUGUACUGUUCUUUUCCACUGUUCUUUACAUUUUGAAAAAGCGGCUUCCAAUAUUUGGAGGAUGAAAGUUAUUCUUACGCCUUAAAAGCCCAUUUUUUUUCCUCUUAUAUUUAGUCAAAUGUGCUAUAUGCUCUUGUUACCCAUAUUGUCUUUUUUUUCUUUUCUUAAAAUUUAAGACAGUUUUGGUUUUAUUAAUUUGCUCUGGACCUGGUAGACCAAUGGCACACAUGAAUUCAACAUUAAUUUUGUUGAUCAACAAAAUAAAAAUAAUGUUGCAGCUCUAACUGAUAAAAAAUGUUGAGCAGAGCGUAUUCGCACUCAAGUUCAUCAGUUGAAUAUCAACUGUCAUUAGGUAUUGAUGUAAAAUAUGAUUACCGGUACCUUACCUCAGCUUACCUUGCAUUCAGGAUUUUAAUAAUACUAAUGAUAUACAGCUGUAGCUUUCAAAUUGUUAAGGAAAUUAAGAUAUAUUAUUUUGUGACAAUAGUCUGGCACAUUUGACUUCAAAUUUCAUCAAUAGUUACACAGUAAAUUAUUGUUACUGUAAGAAAGUUAUCAAUGCCCUAGUGAAAAUUUAGCUGCUCCUUUUUUAAGUGAAGUGCACAGAAGAUUUACAAAAUUUAACAUAAUCAUGAGAGUAGC